AUGGGCACCAUUUCAGUCGAUGCACUUAGCACUCAAAUUGAAACCCAGUCAGUCCAUCCUCCACCAGAUAUCACGCCAUGGUACAAGCAGCGCCAUCUUCUGAAACUAAACCUCACAAUCAUCUCCCUGGUUCUCUACUCGUCAUCAAACGGCUAUGACGGGUCCCUGAUGAAUGGCCUGCAAGCGCUAGACCAGUGGAAAGCGUUCAUGAACAACCCAACCGGCAGCUGGUUAGGCUUGAUAAACGCUGUGUACUGGCUAGGCUGCGGAGUUGGGUUUCCGGUCACAAGCUGGAUAGCUAACAAGUAUGGACGCAAGCUUGGCGUUUAUAUCGGAUAUCUCUUCUUAGCGCUCGGAUGCGCUCUCCAGACAGCGGCUGGUAAUGCUACGGCUUUCAUCUUGGCUCGUAUGUUCCUGGGAUUGGCUGCCGCUCUGUUUUCGAAUACGGCUCUUUUGGUCAAUGAGAUCGCGCAUCCAGCUCAUCGUGGAUUGCUUAAUUGUCUCUUCAUGUCGGGCUGGUAUAUUGGUGGAACUGUCGCUGCGUGGGUUGUUUUUGCUACAAGAGAUUACUCGAGUUCUUGGGCCUGGAGGCUGCCUUCUAUCCUCCAAGCCUUAGUCCCUGUAAUUGGGCUACCGGGCCUCCUGCUAGCACCCGAAAGCCCGCGGUGGCUCAUCUCGGUAGGACGCGAAGACGAGGCACACCAGAUCCUCGUGAACUAUCACGCUGGCGGCGAUGCCGAUUCACCCUUUGCCAACUCGGAGUUUGAAGAUAUUGUUUCGGCCCUGUCUGCAGAGCGGGAAGCCCAUCGCAACGGGAGUUAUAUCAAGAUGGUAAAGACGCCCGGGAACCGACACCGUCUGCUGAUUUCGGUAACGCUGGGAUUGUUUUCUCAAUGGGUUGGCAACGGAGUCAUCUCCUACUACCUAUCUCUUGUCUUAGACGCGGUGGGAGUAACCAAAGUCCGGGACCAAACCCUCAUUUCAGCUUGCCUUCAAAUCUGGAAUCUGUGCUUCGCCGUUCUGGGCUCAUAUCUCAUUGACCGACUAGGUCGCCGUCCUCUUUUCAUGGCCUCUGCCGCGAUAAUGUUCGUCAGUUACGUGCUGGUCACGGCACUGUCGGGCUCGUUCGCAAACACCCACGACUCAAAUAUUGGCGCUGUCACCAUCCCAUUCCUCUAUACCUUCUUCGCCGGUUACUGCAUUGCCCUAACGCCUUUACUCACCUCCUACCCAUGCGAAAUCUGGCCAUUCCAAAUGCGCUCACGCGGGCUAGUAGUGAUGUGGGUCUCCACCAUCUGCGCAAUCUUCUUCAACACAUUUGUCAAUCCAAUCGCUCUGGCCGCGUUAGGCUGGAAAUAUUUCUUCGUAUUCGUGGCUGUACUCCUAGCUUUCGGUUUCACGUCCUACUUCGUCUACCCCGAAACAAAGGGGUAUCCCCUCGAAGCUAUUGCCGUCUUAUUUGACGGGCCGGAUUUCUUGAUUGCGGAAGAUUCAAGGAUAGAGGGGAGUGAUUUCUCUGAUUCUGCCGAUGCUAAACACAAAGAUUCCAUUUGA